AUGCCUACUCUUAAAACACUUGACUUGUCUGAGACUGGAAUCAAACGUUUGCCCAGCUCGGUGUCUAGCUUGGAAUGUCUCACCGCAUUGUUACUUUCAGGAUGUAGAAAAUUGAGUUUCAUUCCAUCAUUAAGAAAAUUGAAAUGCUUAAUAUCAUUGGAUCUAUUUUUUACUGCCAUCAGUGAAGCACCUGUGGGCUUGGAAUCAUUGGUCAAUCUCAGAUACCUGAAUCUGCUCCAUACAGAUAAGCUGGUAAUGUCAAUAUCGCUCAUGUCCAAAUUGAUCAAUUUAGAGCAUCUUGAGCUCGGUGGUCCCCUGUACAAAACAGAUGUGACAGUACAAGGUACACAAGGUUUGAAAAAGCUGGAAGUUAUAGUAGCCCAUUUUCGUGACGUUAGUAUAUUCAAUACCUUUGUGAGCUUCCUGGGCAAUAAUUGUGCAACCAGAGGCUAUCAUUUAACUUUACAGGGUAGAAGUUACGAUCUUGGCCCAAGUGAUGUUCUCUGCAAUGGAAAUGCUAUCAUAGAAUGUCCCAUGAAAAAGGUGGUUAUCAAGAAUAUGGUUUUGGGAAAUGAAAAAGUAAUACUCCCUGCAGACAUGAAGGAGUUGGAUAUGAUUGAUUGCCAGCAAGGGACAGGUGCUGGACCCCUAUGUACUGUUUUAUCAUAUGGCCACAACAAUGAUCCACACGAAAUUGAACUGUUGGAUAUUUGCGUCUAUGAAGAUGUGGAGUACUUGUGGUGUUGCAAUUGCCCCUUUUGCUCCUCUUUCCAACUUGUUGGACGUCUAAGACUCUCCCGUUUGAACAACCUGAAAAGUUUUGUGUCGCCAUAUGCUGAUUCCUUGCAUCAAUCCACCCUAUUUUCUCGUCUCACAGAUCUUGAAAUUCAUGAUUGCGACAGCAUGGAGACUCUGAUCGCGUUUGGGUUACCAGCACUCCUCCAAAACCUGCGCACCAUUUGUGUUAGUAGAUGUGAGGAGAUGAAAGAAAUAGUUGAAGAGGAUCAUUCUGUACCGGAACUUGUUGGUGUUGACGAACUCAUGGCCCUUCUGAAUAGCUGUUCGCCCCCUACUAUUGAGCUUCCCAUGUUGACAUCUCUUGAAUUGUUUGACAUGCCACAAUUAGAUCUCGCCCCCUCUGAUAGUGAACCCAAAUAA